AUGGUAAAUAUCCAUGUUUUUUGCUCGCUCUUUGUAGCAGCUACUCUUGCUACCACUGUGGCUACCAAGCUACUAUCAGUCCCAUUUCUUGCUGUCGAUCGCAAAAAUUCGGGUGUCACUAUUUGGGGAAGACAAAGGAUGGGUAACACGAUUGGAUCAUUUCUUGAAAACGUUGACCUGGCAUAUUUGAUAGACGUUUCUUUCGGCUCCUCCACUACUUGGGUUCCUACCAAAGGAUGUGGUCGUUACUGUGGCUAUCCUUCCCACACACUAAAUAUCUCGGAUUCAAGUACAUUCCGCCCAUCUCAGUUGGUCUUUAAUAUUCGGUAUGGCGAUGGCUUCUCCAAUGGAUACUAUGCCAAAGAUACCAUGAGCCUGAACGGCGUCUCUAUUCCCAACGUGCAUUUUGGUGUAUCUGAUUUUAAUGAUGGUGAACUUACCAUGGAUGGUGCAGAUGGAAUCAUGGGCAUUGGUAAGAGGCAAAAAUAUCCAGUACUUUUGUAUAUGUUUUGGAAAUUGGUUUAUUCAAUUAAUAAUUCUCCGUUUACAGGACCAGACAAUCUUACAGUUUACAAUAACCCAUACGGGGUUAUCGUUCCUACUGUAGUGACAACUAUGCACAGACAAAAAAUUAUUGAUAAAAGUAUAUUCUCGAUUUACUUUCACCCGGUUGACCAUCAAGAUCAAGAGAUUGACCGGAUCAACGGAGAGAUUACUUUUGGUGGUGUGGACAUGAAACGUGUAGAUGGAAAUAUAACAUAUAUGCCUCUCACCACCAACACGGAUUUCCAGGACUACUGGGCAGCCAAUAUAGAUUCUAUUUCGAUUAAUGGAAAAAAUGUAUCGAUUGAUGAUGGUCUUUCCGGUUUAUUAGAUACUGGAUCUACGUUGGUGCUAUUACCUGAACCAGUAAUUACAGGAAUAUUUUCUAUUGUAAGAGGUACACGACGCGACUAUUCUGGUCAAUAUCUCGUACCUUGUACCUCAAGUGAUCUCCCCUCCGUGACCCUGACCAUGGGUGGUACAGAUUUUACUUUGGAGCCUAAAGACUAUGUUAUUACAAGCGGUAUACUUGAAAACGGUUCCAAUUUUUGCUAUACAUACUUUCAAGAAGCCCCUCCUUUUGUAGGUGCUAUUCUAGGCUAUGGAUUUCUCCAACAGUUUGUGUCAGUUUAUGACAAUGAAUAUAAAAGAUUGGGCCUUGUAAAGCGCUCGUAA